GCGGCGUGGUCGGCGAUGGGGCGGCGGGCGCGCGGACGGCGGCUGCAGCAGCAGAGACCCGAGGGCUCCGAGGGCUCGGAGGACGCCGCCGGGCGCGGCGGGAAGCGGGGCGCCGCGGGCUGGGAAGGCGGGUACCCCGAGAUCGUCAAAGAGAAUAAGCUGUUCGAGCACUACUACCGGGAGCUGAAGAUCGUGCCCGAGGGCGAGUGGGACCAGUUCAUGGGAGCGCUUAGGGAGCCCCUCCCGGCCACCUUCAGGAUUACAGGAUACAAAAGCCACGCAAAAGAGAUUCUCCACUGCUUAAAGAACAAGUACUUCAAGGAAUUGGAGAACCUGGAGGUGGACGGUCAGAAGGUUGAAGUUCCACAACCCCUGAGCUGGUAUCCUGAAGAACUUGCAUGGCAUACAAAUUUAAGUCGGAAAAUCUUGAGAAAGUCCCCACAGUUGGAGAAGUUUCACCAGUUUCUGGUCAGCGAAACUGAGUCUGGAAAUAUCAGCCGUCAGGAAGCUGUUAGCAUGAUUCCGCCCCUGCUGCUCAGCGUUCAGCCUCAUCAUAAGAUUUUGGAUAUGUGUGCAGCCCCCGGAUCGAAGACCGCCCAGCUGAUUGAGAUGCUGCAUGCUGACAUGAACAUCCCCUUCCCGGAGGGGUUUGUCAUCGCAAACGACGUGGACAACAAGCGCUGCUACCUGCUGGUCCACCAGGCCAAGCGGCUGAGCAGCCCGUGCAUCAUGGUGGUCAACCACGACGCGUCCACCAUCCCCCAGCUGCAGAUGGACGUGGGCGGGCGGAAGGAGGCACUUUUCUACGACCGUAUCCUGUGCGACGUCCCCUGCAGUGGAGAUGGCACUAUGAGGAAAAACAUCGAUGUUUGGAAAAAGUGGACAACCUUGAAUAGCUUGCAGCUGCAUGGCCUGCAGCUGCGGAUUGCAACACGGGGUGCCGAGCAGCUCGCUGAAGGUGGGCGGAUGGUGUACUCCACCUGCUCCCUGAACCCCAUUGAGGACGAAGCCGUCAUCGCAUCUCUCCUGGAGAAAAGCGAAGGCGCUUUGGAGCUCGCCGAUGUGUCUGCUGAGCUGCCGGGGCUGAAGUGGAUGCCUGGGCUCUCACACUGGAAGGUCAUGACAAAGGAUGGGCAGUGGUUUGCUGAUUGGGACAAGGUCCCGCACAACAGGAACACCCAAAUCCGACCCACCAUGUUCCCACCAAAUGACCCAGAGAAGUUGCAGGCCUUGAACCUACAGCGGUGCCUUAGGAUCUUACCACAUCAUCAGAAUACUGGAGGGUUCUUUGUGGCAGUGUUAGUCAAAAACUCUUCAAUGCCGUGGAAUAAACGCCAACGAAAGCUGCCAGGGAGAUCUGCAGACACCAGAGAAACUGUGCUGUCCAGCCCCACAUAUCUGACCAGCGGGAAAGCUACGGACCCUUCCCAGGUGGAGAGCAAGCCGCUUAGUGAAGCAGGCGACGCAGAAGUAAUCCAGAGAGCCGAGGAUGCAGAGAACGAUGGCAAUAAGAGAGAUGGCGUGUGUGGUCCUCCUCCAUCAAAGAAAAUGAAGCUCUUUGGAUUUAAAGAAGACCCAUUUGUGUUUAUUCCUGAAGACGACCCAUUGUUUCCACCUAUCCAGAAAUUUUAUGCUUUGGAUUCUUCGUUCCCCAAGAUGAAUUUGCUAACUCGCACGACAGAAGGGAAGAAAAGGCAGCUAUACAUGGUUUCCAAGGAGCUGAGGAACGUGCUGCUGAACAACAGCGAGAGGAUGAAGGUUAUUAACACGGGGAUAAAAGUCUUGUGUCGCAGUAACAGCGGCGAGGAGUUUGCUUGUGCCUUCCGGCUCGCACAGGAGGGAAUAUACACGUUGUAUCCGUUCAUUAAGUCGAGGAUCGUUACUGUGUCCGUGGAAGAUGUUAAAACACUGUUAACCCAGGAAAAUCCGUUUUUUAGAAAACUGAGCAGUGAGGCAUACAGCCAAGCGAAGGACAUGGUGAAAGGGAGCAUUGUCUUGAAGUACGAACCAGACGCUGAGAAACCAGAGACCCUCCAGUGUCCCAUUGUCAUGUGUGGAUGGCGUGGAAAGGCCUCAUUUCGAACUUUUGUUCCCAAGAAUGAGCGGCUCCAUUAUCUCAGGAUGAUGGGGGUGGAGGUGCUCGGAGAGAAGAAGAAAGAAGGGGUCAUCCUGACCGAUGAGGACACCACCAACUCUGGGCCAGCAGAGAUUGAGAUGCAAGCAAAGGAGGUUGGCGACCGAGACGGGGCAGCGGGCAGCAACACGGCUGGGAAUGGCAGCCCAGAUGGGGCAGCAGGCGGUGACACGGCUGGGAAUGGCAGCCCAGACGGGGCAGCGGGUAGUGACGUGGCUGGGAAUGGAAGCCCAGAUGGGGCGGCAGCAGGAGACAGUAGCCCAGAUGGAGCAGCAGGCGGUGACGUGGCCAGGAAUGGCAGCCCAGACAGGACAGUGGGUGGUGAUGCAGCUGAGGACGGCAUGCCCCGGUGAGGCCAGGUCCCAGGGAAAGCAUGGCCACACUUGGGGACGGGUUUACAAUGGUGCGGCUCACACAGAACAUCCGGGACUUUGACUUGGACAUAGGUGGUUGAAAGGCCAGAAGCGGGUGGAAAGGGAAAGUGAGCCCGCUGCUUUUACAGGGAGCCCCAGCUGCUUCCAUGUUGCUUGUUUUGCUUUGUUCCUUUGUCUGUGCUGGGUUUCAUGUGUCUGUGGCUGGUAGUAGACCUUUACCGGUAAGGUCUUACUUCUACCUGGAAAUAAAAUAAAACUGCCCUUACAGAAAUUUUCAGGCCCCUUUUGUUAUGCCUAUGUCGGUCUUAGGGUCCGGUAUUUUAAAAUAAUUAUUAUUUAUAAAAGAGUCUGUAAGUGCUUAUGAACUCAGAAAAUUAUCUUACGAGCUUUAAUAAAUGUAUCGAGCUGCACCUCACUGGUGUGACAUUAACGUGCAGGGGGGUUAAUCUGAGGCCUCGGAUGACGUCGGUGCCUUCUGUAAUAAAGGGUCCGGUAAGAGCCGUGUUGUGUGUCUUGACCUCAAUUAUGAGAGUGUUGUAUGUGCUUUCAUUGAAUGGAGUGCUUUGCAGUUUUUAUUUUUAAAGUGGGAUUUGGGAUCCUUGGAAUAGGUAAAUAAAGAGUUAUUAAUUAUAAGGUG